AUGCAAUUCAACAUAGUCUUCCCCCUAACGCUCCAAACUACUUCCUAACACUCGUACUGUGUCUCGUGUACUCACUGGUUGCCGAUCCAGUCCCCUCUCGAGACACACGACUUAACAAUCUCGACGGUCCUCCACGUGCUGUCCUUCGACAUACCGCCUCAAUGGUUCAUUAAGGCGGCGGAGACGGCACUUACGGACUUUGUCUGGGGAGGAGCAGGGCGAAAUACCGUCGCUCGCGAUUUCGUGUCCCAGGCUCGGGAGGACGGUGGCUUGGGUUUGAUUUCGAUUGGCGACAUCGUUCAUUCGGUGGCGCUUCGAUUUUGGGAUGCUGUGGCGGGCUCGGACGAGGCGAUCUGGGCGCCCCUCGUCGCUGCGACCCGCGAUUUCAGUCCGUGGGGGUUCUUCAGCAGCACGGCUCGGGUCGAGAAGCUGUAUCGCGACUCGACGCGCUGGGGGGCAGUCGUUGCAGCGGCCAGGGUCACAGUUCCAACCAUCAAGUCCGAACUCCUUACGCUUCCCGAAUUGCUCUCGCUUCCGCCUCGCCUCCCUUCACUCUAUGCUGAAGGUGCCCAGCACGCAUAUGACGAUGCGGACGCGGUGGCGAAGUUUGCGCAGAUCGCGGACCUGUACUGGAGGGACGAAGGGAAGGGAUGGGCUCUGGUUGGUCAUCGACGCGGGUUCUGGCAGCACUCUAAGGAACCCGCCCUACAGCACGAGCACGUGUGGUCGCGCGUGUUGAAUUGCAUUCUGUCAAGCCUUCGAACACUUCGACAUCGGACCGCCGUUUGA